AUGUUAUUUCUAGGGUCACGUUUGUUUUUUGUUAUUUUAAUAUUUAAAUUCAAUGAAUUUGUAACUGCUCCUACAGCAUCAAUCACAGGUGCUAAAUCAAUUACUACUAAUGGACCAAGUUCUACAUCUGGCACAAAAUCAUCUAUAUUCUCAACAUUUACCAGGUCUUCAUCUGGUUCUGGUUCAUCUAGUCGAAUCUCGUUCGGUUCUAGAGAUAUAGUUUUGGAUGUUAAUGCCAAUGAGAUAUCUGAUAAACUUGAAGUUUCAACUUCCAUACCAGGAAUCUUAAAGUAUACUGUGAAAAGUGGUGUAAAUGCUAGUAUUAAGAUUAUAAAGGGAAAUGGCGGGGAAGUUGAGUUAUCAAAAAAAGCUCAACAAGUAUUUUGUACAUCGCCAUUUGACGGUCAUUUGACCGUACUAUUCGAGGACCAGUCUUCUGAUGAAUUUUUUCUAGAGGAUGAUGGAUUUAAAAAAUUACAAGAUGAAUCAGAUAAGGAAGGUGAACCUGAAGCGCCGAAACCAACAAUAGAAUCAAUGGAGCUAGAUUUAGAAACACCUUCUACUGAGUUUACUCACGAACAGGUAAAAGGAAUAAAAUGCUACAAGGCACCAAGUGGUAAGGUUAUAGCAAAAAUAAAGGUUAGUAACACAUUCAGAAUAUUAGAGAAUGAUGUACAAGAAAAUUUCGUCUGUUUUUUGGAGAAUAACGGAGAAUAUAGUAUACUUGUCGCCAAUAGAGUUAGUGAGAAAGAAUGGACAAAGUAUACACUUUCGAAGCGAGAUUCCAAACCUAUACUUAUGGACAUUACACUUAUAAGGAAGUUUGACGAUAUAGACCCUCAGAUAAUAUUCGUGGAUAUAACUACUCAUGAAGAAACAAAUGAAUUAACAUUCGAUAACUUGAUCUUCAACGAUAAAACUGGAUGUGCAUUUAAAAGCAAGUCACAGGCAAAUAAGGAAUUCAAGCUUGAAUUCAAAGAUUCUAAUGAAGUUGAUCAAGAGAUUCAAAUUAACUUUCAUAAAAAGUUUCUACCUCAGGAACAACUAACCCUUCAUUCAAUUAAAACAAAUCAAGACAACUCAGAGUUGAUCUUUACAUAUGUUAGGGAAAAUAUUUUAACUCACGAAAAAUACGUUCAGAAGGAAGGGAAAUUCGAAAAAGAUUUAAGCUUAUCAUACGGGUUUAAUUUGGAUAGAACAAAGGGAUUUCUGGAUAAGAAAAGUGUUAGUGAACAAAAUGUGCUAUUUUUAAAAACUUUGGUUCCAGAUUCUGUGGAUCAAGGUAUUAAAAUAAGUCACCACGGAAGUUUUAAGGUAUUUCAUUUCGAUGAGUCUGCGAGUCGGUCCACAUUCGUAAUUUUACCAAACCUCGAAAUCUACCUCGAUAAAGAUAUUAAACACAAACUUGUUAUAAGUGAAAACGGAAGUCAAACGAACAUGGUUCUGAAUACAAUCUCAGACCAAAGGAAGGUACAUUAUAUCAUUACUACCGAUAAAACGAAAGGUAAUCCAUUUUCAAUACAAGCUAAAGUUCAAUUAGAUUCACAAUGA